CCGGAUGUGAUGACUGGGACAAACUUCUCACUUUGUAAUGAUGUCACGGGUUGUUCACGAUGUUCACUGGUCUGAUCGAGCACUUGGGAAGGGUGUCGUUCAUCGAACGCGACGAGGGAGGGUGUGCCCUCACAAUAUCUGAUUCAGGGAACAUCCUGGGUGAUUGCCAUGUCGGCGACUCCAUUGCGGUGAACGGUGCAUGCUUGACGGUCACUGAAUUCGACACCGCACAAGACGGAGGGUACUUCAAAGUGUGGCUUGCAAAUGAAACACUGGACAGAACAGAUCUAGGUGACCGUAGAGUUGGAGACCAUGUGAACCUCGAGCGGGCAAUGGCAGCUCAUGUCAGAUUUGGAGGCCAUUUCGUUCAAGGACACGUUGAUACCACGGCAACGAUCGUUAAGAAACAGCCGGAUGGCGAAUCACUGCGGGUGUGGUUCCAACUCCCAGAAUCCACGCCGGAGGGACGUUCAUUGAUGGCCUACCUGGUUCCAAAGGGAUAUGUGGCCAUCGACGGCACGUCGUUGACCUUGACAGGAGUUGACGAUGCCGAAAGCACAUUUGGAGUGAUGCUCAUCAAGCACACGCAGGAGAAGAUCAGUCUUGCAAAAAAACCUGUGGGUGCCAAGGUGAAUAUCGAAGUCGACAUGGUGGGCAAAUACGUAGAGAAGAGCGUUGCGGCUGCCUUGGCUGGCGGGGGAAGCAACGCCGUGCGUGGAUUGGUGGAGAAGAUCGUGGAGGAAGUGUUGACCCGACGCCAGCAGAAGUGUUAGUUGUACGUAUGUAGAUUGUUUUGGGUGACAA